CUUUCGCAAUCGGCUGGCUCCCUCGCUCGACGCUCUCUCUCUGCCUCUCUCGACUAUCGACGGCCGUCUGCCGUCUGCGGCUGCCUCAGUCGCCGGUCGCUCUCGCCCAUCGCCCUCUCUGCUCUCUCUUGUAGUCUUGUGUUGACUGUUGAGUGUUGAGCCAUUGACAUUGAGGUUGAUUUGUACAAGACGACGGCUUCCUCCCCAUUGAUAUGUGCAAGACGACGACACAAGCUGCUUCUCUAGAAUCGAUCAUAUAUAUCAAAAUCGGUUAGGGUUCUUUGCCCGUCUUUUUACUCUUCAAGCUUCCUUCAAGGGUUUUUUAUCCCAAACUUAAACUUCUCUACUUCAAGCUUCUCGAUUCAAGCUUAUAUCGAGAAGCCUCCUCCAGAUCUCGCUCUCAGCUCUCGGUUUCACUCUCGACCAAACUUUGAGAUCAAUUUCAAAAGCCUCUCCAGAUCUUGCUCUCAGUUCUCGAUUUCACUCUCUAAACACCUCAAGCUCUGGGUCUCGAUCUCUUUUUCUUCCUCUCGAUCCAAGUAGCUCUCGAUCUCUUCUUCUGCCUCUCGUUAUCUCAAGAAAGGGGCAUAUUUUUGACUCUUCGCCCACGGCAUCCAAAACAAUAGGGCCAGACCUGAUUGAAGCAAAUGACGAUUCAUUCAGCUGUUAUUCAGAAGCUUCUAAGCACAAACGCUCAUUUAGCCCGCCGAGCGGCUGAGAACCAUUUUAAAAUCUACACUUAUGGCACUCGAAAUGGAAUGACGAUUAUCGACUCCGAUAAAACUCUUGUUUGCCUCCGUAGCGCUUGCAAUUUCAUUGGGAAUCUUGUUCGCGAAAAUGGUCGGUUUCUGUUCGUGAAUACUAAUCCAUUACUUGACGAGAUUAUUGAGCAGAUGAUUAAAAACACUGGCUGCCGCAACGACAACUCUUGGCGUCUUGGAGGGUUUCUAACCAACAGUCUGAGUCCAAAAAAGUUUCGAUCUCGGAAUAAGAAGUUGAAUCUGACGUCGGUUUAUCAGCCAGAUUGUGUGGUGAUUUUUGAUACGGAGCGGAAGUCUUCUGUGAUUCUUGAAGCAUCUAGGUUACAUAUUCCAAUUGUUGGGUUGGUGGAUCCGAGUAUGCCACUGGAAACGUACAAGAAAAUCACAUACCCUGUUCCAGCAAAUGAUUCAGUGCAGUUUGUGUAUUUGUUCUGUAAUAUGAUUACUAAAACUAUCCAAUACGAGCAAAAGAAGCUUGCUGCAGCUAAAGGGAAGGUUUCCAAAGAAGAAGAGACAAAAACCGGAGAGGCUGCUCAACCAAUUGAAAAGAUUAAGAUCGAUGGUACAAAUGAUGAAUCGUGCGUCCUACCAUCGUCUGCUUCUGACGAUCCCUUGAAAAUCUAGGAGCUUCUGGACAAACUUGUUGUCAUCAAGAUCAACAACAAUGAAGGGACAAAGAUGGGCAAAAGUACGAAUUCCUCCAUGACCAUAAGUUCUCGCAUCUUUUUUUAGUUCGAUCUAGGAAUGAGGCUAAAGCAAAGACGGAUUUGGAAAGCCUCUUUUACCAUUCUACUAGUUGUGUACCUGCGUAAUGCAGCGGAGGCGCAUUUAAAUUUUCAUCUAUUGUUUUUACAAAACCAAAGAAAAAUACAUCUUCCCUUUUCACAUCAUAUUUGAAUACAAAUAUGAAUAACAUCAAUAAGAUAGAAUUAUGCAGUUUCUGAAUCGAUAAAAGUUAUUGAUGUUUUCUUACCAAAUGCUAUGAGGCUUUGUUUUUAGAGGUAUAUAACUUAAAUGCAAUAACAACAAUGGAAGAAGAUGAGUUUCAGUUUUAUUUUGUUGUCAAUAAAUUUUGUUACCAAUA